GUGAGCUGUGAUUGGUCACAGCUUGUCACAUGGUACAAGGCUGUUGUGAAUAGCCUUGUACCAUGUGACCCUCUGUGAUCAUUCACAGAUUUCAUACGUAGUAAGCAAUGAUGUCAGAAGUGAUAUCUUGCUUACACCUAUUCAUGUGAUCACUGAUUGGGCAAUCAGUGAUCACAUGAUCGGGACUUUACACAGAGGUCCCGUACAGCGAUCGGUGUAUCAUUUUGGAUUGUGCGUGCUCCGUAUCGUGGUGCUGUGUGCUCCCAGGGAGUGCGCACAAUCCACAAUCCAAAAUGGUGGGUGCCAUUUAUGA